AUGAAACAGCCAUUUGAAAAUAUCGAAGAAUGGAAAAUAAUUGUCAGAGAUACAUUUCAACAUGAUCAGUUGCUUGGAAUAGAGUUAAUUAAUAUUUCUAAUCCAGAUUGGAAAUUACUCGGCGAUGUUUAUUUCAAGCUUGGUGAAUACAAUUUGGCAUUAAACUGUUAUUUGCAAAUAAAAGAUAAAGAUGUGUGUAAUAGGCAUAUACUAUCAAAUGCAGAAAAUUGUAAAGAUGUAAAUUUUACAAUUUUAUACAACAUAGUCGUUUACAAAACAACAAAAGUAAAUCAAGACUUUUUAGCAAAGAUUGUGUUGAAUUUAUACUUUGUGUUAUCAUUAUCCACAAUUGAAAAACAGCAAAUUGAUGUCAAAAGUAUAUUAAUUUCAGUAUUAAGCAUUUAUGUUGAAGAUAAGGAGAUUUUAAACAAUAAAUAUGUUUUCAAAUUACAUUUGUUAUUAAUAUACCAAAUUUUGGAUGAUAAAUUACUUUUGAACGGUGGACUCCACUGGAUGAAUAAAUAUAAAAAAGGUGAUUCUGAAAUGACAAAAUUAUACGAAUUAAAUAAAACAAAUACGGACGAUCUAUCGUACAAACAAAUAAAUGUAUUGACAUAUGACUUAUCAGUUAAAGAAUAUACAAAAGUUAUUAAUCAAACGUUUAACAUAGGAGCGUUAAAACCUGUAUAUUAUUGA